AUGGAGACUGGACACAACGAAGGGCUUGCGGUGACUAUCGCGGCCUUCAUAGGGCCCGAUUUCAACCGAGAGUUUGAACUGCACACCGAUUGGAGUGCGCAGGGGCUGGGAGGAGUACUCACACAACGAGAUGAUGACGGCAACGAGUAUGUGGUUGCCUAUGCCAGUCGCAGUUGCAACAAGACGGAAAGGAACUAUUCGAGCUAUCAUGAGAUUUUCGACGGGGGACCUGCCAACUACAGGCCACGUCAUGAAGCUUAA